AUGGAAAAAUGUUUACCUAAGUAUUUGAGGGUUUAUGGCAGUACCUAUUACAGAUAUUAUGGUGAUAUAUAUUUUAGAAGGGUUGUACAUCAUAUUAGAGAUAAAAUUAAUGACUUUAUUCUUAAGAAAGAUAAAGAACCAUUAAAGGAUAUAUGCCUAUAUUUGUCUAAUUAUCUAAUUAACAAUAAGAAUCCACCAAAUUACUAUGCACCACAAAGAGAAUUAUGGGAAAGAUCAUUAUAUGAAUGGUUAAAUCCUCAUUAUAAGAAGCUAGAUAAAUUAGGAGGAUGCCCUUUGAUUAUGAAUCAAAAUGAUUUAGAAAUUUUAGAAUUAAAAUAUAAUGUAGAUGAUUUCUGUGAAAAAAGAGAAAGCUAUCUGGAUGAAUUAAGGCAGUCACAGGGAAACCCUAAGUCUAAUAGUAAUUAUUCAAGUAAAUGUGACUCAUAUAAUGAAUGGAUUGAUGGAAAAGAAAAGUAUUUCACGACAAAAAAAGAACUCUUUAAAAAUUGUUAUAAAAUAGAAAAAACGCAAAAAGGUCGAAGAAAAACAUGCAAUAUAAUUGAUCCCAAAACUUUUAACAAACUACCUAAUUGCAGAUCUACCGUUCAAAAAAGAAUCUGGUCAACGUCCAAUUCAAAAAAUAAAAAUUUACCAGAAGUGACCAAAAAAGAAAGCGAAAGAGCGUCAAUGCGUGAAGAUCAAGAACAAAAACGCGCACCUGAUAUACUCGAAACUGAACCUCAACCUGAACCUCAAUCACGAUCCCAACAUGAAGAUCAUAGUGCCCUCGAAAAAGGAAUUGCCAAGGAAUCUCAAAUUAUAUCCCCAGUAACAUCUUCACCUGAAUCUUCAUCUAUUAAAACUAAAGAUGAUCAUGAAGAUCCUGGACAACAUACACAAUCAAAACUAUCAGUAUUUCCUAAAAGUGCUGUUUCUACAGAAUCUCAAAAAUCUCCUGUAUCUAUAACUUUGCCUACAAGUCUUGGCGUCUCAGGAACUCCAAUCGAUUAUCAAAAUAUUCGAUUAUCAUCUGGAAGUUCAAAUUUUCCUGAUAACUCUAUGCCCUCUAAAAUUUUAGAACUGAUAAUGGAAAAUACUAAAAGCAUUAAUAAUAUUGAAAAACAAAAAAUUCUAUGGAAUAAAUGGGUAAAAGAACAUAAAAAAGAAAAAGAUUUAUGGAAAAAAUGGAUAUCAAAAAAGCAUAUGAUUAUAGAACAAUAUUUGCAACAAAAAUGGUUUGAUGAAUUUACACAAGAAUUUCUCAAUAUGUCAGAUGAGUAUGUAAAUGAAGAAAGUAAAAAUAACAUUUCACUAUUAAAUUCAGAAGAAUUACAGAGUAAAGAAUGCUAUGAAGAAUUAUAUAGUUAUAUAAAAAAAAAAUUAAUUGCAAAAAUGUGCAUACUAUUUAUGAUGGUAUUAGAAGAUUGCAAAACAGAAGAUUUUAUAAAAAAUGAGGAAUCACAUUUGGAUAAUUCCAUAAAUGAUUGGAAAACAGAUUCAAAUUUAGGGAGAAAAUCAGAUGCUCCAAAACAAGUAAUUCAUGUUAAUGCAACUGCUUUAGAACAUAGAAAAAAUGGGCAAAUUCGUGCUCAAAUAGGGCAGAAAAGUUUUAGACAGGAAAUAGAAGAAUGGAUAAAAGAAGAUGAUACAGGGGCAAAUUACAUAUAUAAUGAGAACAGUGUAGAAUUAUCCUAUUAA